AUGGAUCUAAUCUCUAGGCAGUUCGUGGCUGAGAUUGAAGGUUUUUUGGAAGAGACACGUGAGGAGGAUCAUGGAUAUAUUCCUGACUUCAUCCAGAAGCAGCUUGGAUGGAGAAAGAUCGCUGUUCUGAUGCAUGGCCAUGAUGUGAACAACAGUCUUGUGUCUGGCAUAUCCCAGUCGUCUCUGCACUGUCUUGUGUAUGACCUCAACAUCACGGAUACUGCUGACGCCCUGCAUGCAAUCCACCAGAUCCUGUUCCCUGCAGUCAAUGUGGUGGCCAUCAUGAAACAAGACCAUCUUCUACAGUUAAUGACGACGUCCAAUACGUUCAUAUACAAGUAUGUGUUCAAUGGAACAAAUCACUAUGAGGGAUAUGCAAUGGAAAUAUUUGACACCAUAACAGAGGUUCUGAAUUUAAGCUACAGCAUCACAGAGCCAAAGGACCGGUCCUGGGGCCUCCCUGUCAACGGCACGUAUGACGGCAUAGUGGGAGAGUUAUUCAGACGGGAAGUUGACCUUGCCGUGUCUGACCUCAUAAUCAAUGAAGACAGAGUUCGGUUCAUGGACUAUAUUUAUCCACCAAUCAGGACGGAGUACCACGACGUGUUAUACAAGAGACACGAACCACAAGAAUACGCAUCCCUCUUCCUCCUGGUCCGACCAUUCCAGCCUCUCCUGUACCUUGUGAUCCUGUCAGCGGCGUGUGCCAUGCCCUUUCUCGUGGCCAUGAUAGAAAGUCAUCCUUCCCAGUAUCCAGAUGUACAGAACACUACUCUCAUCAGAGGCUAUUUCACGAAGUUCAAACUGAAUCUGUAUACUUACAGCUGGGAUGUCCUUAAGUCUCUGGCCAGGCAAGGUUUCAGCACGCAUCCCCGAACAAUGUCAGGGAAGGUGCUGGUGACGUCGUGGUGGCUGCUGGUGCUGGUGCUGACCUCGGUCUACUGCGGCAACCUAGUGGCAGCUCUGUCAGCUCACGCUGAUUCGCCUCUAUUCUCCAGUCUAGAGGAGCUGUUAGACAGUGAUUAUUCGGUUGGAAUGGACGGCAAUAGCAUCAGCAACACUGUACUGGAGGCAAGUUCAAACACAAGUGUUCAGGGAAGACUAUGGGCCAAAAUAACAAACAAUGAUCCAAGCUUUCUCAAAUCCGAUGCUGCUAAUCAUAUUAGGAGAAUAAAGCAACAGAAAUAUGCCCUCCUCCUGUUCAAGUCCAGCGCUGAAUCCUACUCUGCUGAAGACUGUCAGCUGGAACCGCUUGGAGCAGAGCAGUUGUGGAUACAUCUGGCUUUCGGCAUUCAGAAGAACUCACCACUAAAGGAUGACAUACAAAGGAUGAUGUCCUAUCUAAGCCAAAGUGGAAUCCUGGAGAUGUUAUGGAAGAAGUGGCACCAGCAAAUGGGCGAGACGAAGUGUGUCAGCAACAGGAGCACUAUGACAGGUAUCUCCUUGGAACAAAUCGGUGGUGGCUUCAUCCUUGCAGGUGUCGGGCUGGUGCUAAGCACCAUUGUUCUGAGCCUAGAGAAACUAAAAGCCUACAAAUCAAGACUGUGCGAAUGA